AAAUAUCUCUGCGAGACAAACAUAAACAUUCGGGUCAUGCUGCAAUGUAAACUUCCAUAAAAGUCAGGAUGCUCUUCAUCUGACGGACACAGAGGCUGCGCCGACUGAGUACUCCUCUUCGUGUCUUGAACUGGUGAAAUUAUGUUCCCAGAUAUUUUCAAUUUGUGUCUGAUAUUUCUCGGCACCACGCACAUCGCAUCAUCUCUGGAGCUGCAACUUGGCAUGCCCAAUGUUUGUGCUGACCAGGAGAUGUCCAUGUUGGGGGCCCGUCAGCCUUGUGUCCAGGCUUUUACUCGCACGGUCAAGGUUUGGAAACAGGGCUGCACCAACCACAGAUGGUGUAUGGGCUACGAGAGGAGGACAGCAUACUACACGGCAUACAGGCAGGUGUACAGCAUGGAUUUACACACAGUCUACAAGUGCUGCCCAGGUUGGACUCAGAGGGGUGAAGAGAUGGGCUGUCUGCAUAGGGUGUGCAGUGCCAAUACAUGUUUCAAUGGAGGCCGAUGUGCAGAGACUGAAGACCAGAUAUGUCAGUGUCCAUUGGGCUUCAAAGGGACACGGUGCCAGUAUGAUGUUAACGAAUGUGAAGUGGAUGAAAGUGGCUGUGAGGGGUACUGCUGCAACACCAUUGGCAGCUACUACUGCAAGUGUCCUGAAGGCAGUAGACUUGGGCCAGAUGGCAAGGCAUGUCACGAUGUCAAUGAGUGUGAAGAGCUCAAUGGAGGAUGCCAGCAAACAUGUGUCAACACACCGGGCUCUUAUCACUGUGAGUGCAGCGAAGGCUUCCGCAUGCACGCUGAUGGUCGGACCUGCAUUGCUGUGACUUCUUGCUCGGUAUUGAACGGUGGUUGUGAGCAUAAGUGUGUGGACAUGGGGAACAAUCAUUACAAAUGUGAAUGUCGAAAGAACUACCAGCUGAAGAGAGAUGGGAGACACUGUGAAUUGAGGGACCCCUGUGAGGAGAGGAAUGGAGGCUGCGCCCAGCUGUGUCUUUCUGAAGAUGGCCGGUUUCAGUGCAGCUGCCGACCUGGUUUUAUACUGGCCGGAGAUGCGAAGAACUGUGAAGACAUUGAUGAGUGCAGUUUAGGCCAUGCCAAGUGUUCCCAUGGAUGUGUGAACAUGCUUGGCUCCUUUAGCUGUGUGUGUCAUCCAGGCUUUGAACUUGGUGCAGAUGGCAAACAGUGCUACCGUAUUGAGAUGGAGAUCGUCAACAGCUGUGAGAAGAACAACGGAGGUUGCUCUCAUCAUUGUGAGCACACCACCAACGGCCCCCUCUGCUCCUGCAACCAUGGCUACCAGCUGGACCAAGACAGGAAGACCUGUGUAGAUAGUGAUGAAUGUGUCAGUGAGGAGUCCUGCUGUAGCCACUUCUGUAGAAACUACCCAGGCGGCUACGAGUGCAGCUGCAGAGCUGGCCACAGACUGAACCCAGACGGCUGUGGCUGUGAUGAUAUUGAUGAGUGCCAAGCAGAGACCUCAGGCUGCAAACACUACUGUAUCAACAACGUGGGAACAUAUGAGUGUUUUUGUCGACUGGGCUUCCGCUUGGAUCAGGACCAGCACUCUUGCAUCUCUCUGUAUGGCAGAGAACUGGAAGAAGAAGAUGAGGAGGAGGAAGAAGAGGAGGAGCAGCUGGAGGUCCACCGAAUACCAGAUCUGCUAUUCCGCAAGGCUCCUCAGCUCCUGCAGUACACAGCAGCCUUGCAUUCCCGUUAUGACAGUGAGGGUGAUGAUGGUGACACUGAAAAAGAAUUAGAGAUCCAGAGAGACCGCAGGGGAGAACUAAGGCUGGACAGCCACAUAGUGUGUAUAGAUGGCUCGUUUGGGGAUGACUGCAGCGUGAGCUGUGAAGACUGUGUGAAUGGAGUGUGUAGUGAAACCAGAGACCGAUGUCAGUGUUCACCUGGAUGGACAGGGAUCGUCUGCAACAAGACUUGUCCACAGGGGACCUUUGGGCAGUCCUGUAACAGUCUGUGCCGUUGUCAGAAUGGAGGCUCGUGUGACCCUGUGACUGGGAAGUGUUUAUGCCCUCCAGGGGUAGAUGGCCUGCUCUGCGAGGAUGGUUGCCCAAGAGGUUAUUUUGGGAGGCACUGUAGGAGAAAGUGUAACUGCCCGAACAAUGGACACUGCCAUCGUCUGUAUGGGGCCUGCCUGUGCUCUCCAGGAUUAUAUGGUCGUUUUUGCCACCUGCCUUGUCCCAGGUGGACGCACGGUGCGGGCUGCUCCAAGGAAUGCGACUGUGUUCAAGAACAUUCCUCUGGCUGUGACCCCAAAACAGGGAGCUGUUUCUGUAAGGCUGCAUACCAUGGCCCACAGUGUGAGAAAGAAUGUGAUCCUGGCUUCUUCGGUGCAGGCUGUGAGCAGCCAUGUGACUGUCCAGGUGGAGGCUUAUGUGACCCCAGGACUGGAGAGUGCAGCCAGCGAUGUCCUGCAGGAUUUCAUGGAGAUAGAUGUCAGCUCGCCUGCAAAGCUGGGAGCUAUGGAGAAAACUGCCAUCGGACCUGUGACUGUGGAGGAACGCCUUGUGAUCCAAUAAACGGACAGUGCAUCUGUCCUCCUGGGAAGAUAGGACUUUCCUGUCAGGAAAACUGCCCUGACGGAUUCUGGGGGUUGAAGUGCCAGUCUUCCUGUCCUCCCUGUGAGAACAGAGGCUCCUGCAACAAGCAGAAUGGAGGCUGUGACUGUAAGGCAGGCUUCACAGGAACCCUCUGCCAAAAUGAGUGUCCCCCGGGCUACCAUGGACCAGACUGUUUGUUGCAGUGUUCAUGCCACCCUGAUGCCAGCUGUGACCCACAGACUGGACACUGUGUCUGCCCUCCUGGCAAAACAGGCCCUGACUGUGCAAUAUCAUGUGAAUCUGGCUACUGGGGCCAAGGGUGCAUCACUAAAUGCCAGUGCCAGGACAGCUCUGUGGGCUGUGACCCCGUCACGGGUCAGUGCGUGUGUGAGAACGGCUUCACCGGAGACCACUGUGAAAAGAAGUCUGCGAAUGGCAGUUAUGGACAGGGCUGUGUCCAGCAGGUCCGGUGUCAAAAUGGAGCCCACUGUGACCAUGUGAGUGGAGCCUGCGCAUGCUCCCCUGGAUAUGCUGGCACUUUUAGCGAAAAGAUGUGCCUGGACGGCUUUUACGGUCUUGACUGUGGCCAGAUGUGCAAGUGCAGGAACGGUGCCCGCUGCCACCACAUCACAGGAGCCUGCCUAUGCACCGCCGGCUGGGCAGGACCACACUGCAUUCUGGAAUGCCCGGAGGGUCAUUUUGGAGAGCAGUGCAGUCAGACCUGUGAGUGUCAGAACGGAGCCAGGUGUGACCACGUCACCGGGCGAUGCAGCUGUGCGGCUGGGUGGACUGGAGUCAGCUGCCAACUGCAUCACCAGUCAAUCAGAUCACCAGUCAAUAGAGGCAGACAACCACUCCUAGAGUGUGAGGAAGGACGUUAUGGAAAGAACUGCGCCCAGGCCUGCAGUUGUACAAACAGAGGGAGAUGUGACAAGGUGACAGGAAGAUGUGUGUGUCAGCCCGGUUUGAUAGGGGCUUGUGGGUUUUGUCUGACAGCCUGUUCUAAGGGAUUCUUUGGAGGGGGCUCUGAGCAGAGGUGUGACUGUAUCCAUAGUUCCAGUUGUCACUGUGUGACGGGCCACUGUGAGUGUGAGCCAGGCUGUAGAGGAGCCAGGUGUGACAAACCCUGCCUCCCGGGGUCCUAUGGUGCUUCCUGUGCCCGGCAAUGUCAGUGCCAGGCUGGGGUGUCCUGUCACCAUGAGAUGGGGAGUUGUGGCUGCCCAGCUGGACUCACAGGGCUUGGCUGUGAGAAAAGUUGUCCCGCUGGCACUUUCGGGCAAAACUGCAGCCAGCUGUGCCAGUGUUCAGGUGAUCAAGAGCAGUGCCAUCCUGUGACGGGGAAAUGUAGCUGCUUACCUGGGUACCACGGGGCACGCUGUGAGCUACGAUGUCGCGCAGGGACCUUUGGGCCAAACUGCAAGUCCAGAUGCAGCUGCAUCAAUGGUGGUCGUUGUGACUUCAGGACCGGGACUUGCUACUGUCCUCCUGGCUUCAUUGGAGCUGACUGCAGCUCAGGUUGUCUGAGUGGGUACUAUGGGAAGGACUGUGCUAAGCGGUGCUCCUGUGGGGAAGGAGGGCAGUGCCACCCAACAACUGGGAGGUGUAUCUGUGCCCCUGGUAGGGUGGGACAGUCCUGCCAACAAGCAUGUCCGAGACAACGCUACGGCCUACGGUGCAGAUAUACGUGCAGCUGUCAAAACGGGGGUCUGUGUGACCCCAUUGAUGGGUCCUGCAGGUGUGGACAGGGCUGGACUGGGCCAAACUGUGACACAGCCUGUUCACAGGGAAAAUAUGGGCUUGAUUGUGCACAAGACUGUCCAUGCUUCAACAAUGGGACCUGCGAUCGUUUUACUGGCACCUGCAGCUGUACUGCUGGAUACUACGGCCACUCCUGUCAACACAGAUGCCCUUCAGGGUUUUUUGGAGUGAACUGUGCCCAUACCUGUGACUGUAAGGUUGGACAGAAAUGUGACUACGUAACAGGCCAGUGUGUAUGUCUACCAGGCUACUAUGGGCAACAAUGCCAGAGACGGUGUGACGCUGGCAGCUUUGGACUGGGCUGCGCAAAGUCAUGUGACUGUUCUGGUGAGGCCCCAUGUGACCCAUCGACUGGACGGUGCCUCUGUCCCCCAGGAAGGACAGGACAGAGAUGUGAAAAAGACUGCGGUGGGGAUCAUUUUGGCCCCGACUGCUCCCUGCCAUGCCAGUGUUCCCACAGAGCCCGCUGUGAUGGGCUGACUGGGCGAUGUCUUUGUCCACUCACCUGGCUGGGCCCCACCUGUAGUGAAGCACUGCUACACCAAACCCCAGGACUGUUGAACUUCUCUGUGUCCCAGAGAAAGAGAAGAGCAGGCAGCAAAACCACAUAACCCAAGCAGAGGUGCAAACUCCUGACUGGACGUUCAAACACAGGGCUUGGCUGUGUGAAGAUCAUCUUGGUAGAGGUGAUGCUGGUAUUACUAUGUUUUUGUGAAACUGGUACUCAGCUGUCAGGAACUACUACUCCGUCACAGAGCCUGGAGCUCAAGAUAAUCAACCAGUGAACCUGGCAUAUGAGGGGCCCUCAAAGGACCAUAAAAUCUAAACCUACCCCAGACUGUGUAAGAUUUAAAGUCCAGGGUUAGACAGACUUCUCAGCAAUACACACAAAUGCCUGCAUCACAUCUGUUACUAUUGCUGAUUGAAAGUGGUCAAUUUGCUUUCCAGUUUGACGUUGAAUGAGUUGUUAAGAGUUCAGUUUCUUUCUUAAGGGCAUUUGGACAAGACAUGUGACUGAGUGUGAGACUUUCAUGUAACUGGAGAGCCUUCACAUCCGCUACCAACAUUUAUUUUUUCUGUUUGUGCCCACAAAAAACUUGAUGGUUAGUAUAACGGAAUACCAAGCAUAUUUCUGGUGAAAAUUAAAUGCUUCCGAAACAGAUUUAGAAAUAUAUGGGUAACUUAUAUACUUAUUCUAAAAAAUAAAACACCAAGAUCCACACAUACAGGGACUGCAGGCACGUGAGCUACAAAAAUAUGGUCCAAUAGAAGAGCCGUAAAUGUUGAAGCAGAGGAUAAUUCACCUCCAGACAUAUUUUAAGAUAUAUAGAAAACUCUGGUU